AUGAAUGCAUUUGAAGAAGAUAUCCAGAGAAUCAAAGGCUCCCCUCUGAAAGUGGAAGAUCACAAUGAAGGUGAACGCCCAUCGACAGCCAAUGAGAAGAAAGAUACCAGUACGCCUCCGUCAGUUACUGUUGGAGAAGAAGCGUCUAUCAAGCCGCUAUCCGAGGCGAAGUUGCUGAUGACGUACUCGAGUUCGAAUAUGAGGAUGCUCAUCAAGUCGAGGACAGAGUUCCAGAAAAAGAAUGAAAUGCAACACGCAGAGAAAAAGAUGAGGUGCAUGAGACCGUGGAGCAAAAGAGGCGCAAAUUACUGUUGCGGAUGGACGGACUAAAACAAAAACUUUACUCGAAGCGGCAUGCACCGCGACGAACCAUUUCCUUUGUCAACAUUCUGAGCGUGGAAGAGACCUACAUCCGUUGCGGCUUCUGUAACGAGAAAGGGCAACACUACAGUGAUUGUUGCCCUCUUUUCAGAGAUGUUGAUGCAUGUGAGACGAGUCUGGUGCCGAAAGUGCCUCGACACUCUGCACUCUACUGGUAGAUGUUGGCGACGAAGGAUGAGGUACAGAUAUUGCGGUCUAGAUUCUCACCAUAACGCGUUGUGCUCGUUACCGGAGAGAAUCGAAAGAGACGAGAGCGAAUACCGAGACCUUUCGAAUACCGAGCUUUCAGGAUUGGGAGAUCAAUAUGGAGGACCAUCUUCAUGA